AUGACUGCACACCUUGGGCAGCCGUACCUUUGCCAGACCUGCCAGGGUCCCAUAUGUUUGUUCUGGUUCUGGCUGCAGCUUUGUACCUCCUGUCUCCUGCUCCCCCUGGGCCAGCAUCAUGAUACCAUCGGCUUUCAUCAACUGUUAUGUCCAGACUCCUUCUGUGAGUGUAAUAGCGCAACUGCUGAGGUCAAUCGGCUGCUAUUCCUGGAGGACCUAGAAGAUGACACUCUCUCUGUGUCUUCUUUGGCUUCCACAGCUCCUGUGACUGAGUCAUCCUUCACUGUGUCCUCUGCCUUCUCAGAUGUCUCUCCAAGAGACCUAAUACCAGCCCCUUUGCCUGAGCCUUCCCCACUCCCCUCCUCCAAUCUCUCACCUAACCCCAUGGCACCCUUACCUGACUUUCUUUCACCCUCACAACCGGAUUACUCUGCCACCAGAGCCUUUUCCUCCUUGGAUUCCAAAUUCCCAGCAGACAAUUCCCCACCCCAACCCCUUGCCUUUCCCCGUCUCCUACCACAUGACACACAGGCAGUGGAUUCUGUUCUCCAACCAGAGGCCACUUUGUCUCUACAUACCAUCUUCUCUGUUUACCCUACCCUUUCCCAAGAUAUCAACCCUUUACCAAAUUUGUCCCAGACAAUGAAUCCCACUGAUUCAUUGGCUUGUCAUUACACACCACCAACCCUCUCUGUUUCACCACUGCUAAACUAUCUGUUAACUGUGACUGAAUCUAAAUUUAUUUCCAUCUUAUUGAAGACUGUUCCAGAGAACUCAUCUCCAGAUAGCCCUGGUUGGUUGUCCACUUGUGUCCCAACAAUCAGAGGCAAUGAUUGUUCAAGCCUGUCAACUUCAGAAUUCUCUUGUUGGCAGGCUCAUGCCAAGAACAUGUUCUUCCCCACAUUAUCACACUCUGAUAUUCAGUGAGAGCACGUUUCCCUCCAUCUACCAGAGACCUGUCUCUGGGGAGACUCUGCUACCAUGCACAGUGUGGCCAGUAGCCAUUCUUUCUUUGGCCUUAACCUACAGGCACUCUUGAAGAGACAAAUAAAAAAGAGAAUGGCUUUCCAGAUUUUAAAGAAGAAAGAAAAGGAGGAGGGACUAUUUUCAAAACAAACGUGGUCAGAAAACCAACAGACAUUUUCAGGGAAUUCAAUGUAGCCACUUGAUAUGCAGGACACCACAGCCACCAAAACUGGCUGGAACACCAAAAGCAAACCAGAGCAGCUGUGCAUUUGUCAGCAGCUACUGUAUGUCAAGCUCUU